AUGGAGGACCCACUCAACCCCUACGUCAGCUCCAUUGUCCAGUAUUAUUCGCGAAGGGUUGGGCGGCGUGGUCCGUAUGGAGUAGCCAAUGCGUUACAGAAAGCACAGAGCGCUGAUGCCAACUCUUUGGACCAAAUUUUUUUGAAUGGGGGCGACUUGGCUUGGCGUGCUUAUUUCGUUGUGAACAAAGACGCAGGUUCGGAACACGGGUAUGAAGGCUUAGGGGAGUUGACGCGCUUUCUGGAUGAGCUCGGUACACAACCUGUCGGACAUCAGCUUGCCUUCGCAAAGCGACUCGACGCUGCAAUGCAGAGUGCCCAGCAGCAAGAAGCAGAAAACGAUGAGGGCAAUAUUGUAAGGAAGAGUACCAAGCGUCGUCGCACUGCCAUCGAGAAUGGCACAUUACCUCUUCCAACCCCUAAUACAACGCCGGACGAUGCAUCUACAGACUAUACCGAUCUCGAACCCUCCUCGCAACAUGGCAGUGCGAUUCGUCAAGAUGGCGUGCACGUCGAUGCCUCUCUCCAGGCCGUCAAACCUCUCCUUCCUGUCGAUUUCUUCCACGCCAUCCAAAGAGUACCGCAUUCGCAAAAGCCUGGUACAUUAGUGGCAGACAUAACAUUGUUUGUUCAGAAAGGGCAAACGCGGGACAACUUUGGUUGCCAGAUGGAAAUUGGAAUCGUGAAAGAGAAGAUAGCGUAUUACGCUAGGAAGCUAUGCGGCGUGGAGGUAGAAGUGAAGGAUGGGGUCAGAUACAUCCGUUAUCCAAGUGGCAGUAAGAUCGAACCCGACCCGUCGCUUAAGCUUCGAGCUUGCCAACGAGACAUGAUCCCGGUCCUGCUUGGCCAUGAGAUAAAUGCCGGCUUCUCAGCCUCUCCUAUAUACAAACGUGAGGCGGAGGAGGUGCGCGAUGAUACGGAUGGUGUUUCAAUAACAAUACCAAGCCAAGAAAAGGAAGGGGUAUAUCGUCUGUCCUCUCCCCCUGAACGCGGCGCUUAUAGGGGCAUCGGCAAAGAAGUCGUCAUCUUUGGUAAGAACCGCCGGUUCAAAUGA